CAAACCGCAACAACAUCUAAUUCCUUCUCUCUCCGGCCUUCUCCUACCUCUUCCCUCUCCUUUAAACUGCUCUUUUUACCUAAACCAAACCUUCUUCACUGAUAAAUACCAUCACCCUCUACCCUCUUGGACCACUCUCAGUCUUCUUCCACAUACGAAAGAUGCAGCCACACACUGACACGCCCUUUCCUCUCCCGAACGUCUCUGAAGUAACGUGCAUGGACCCGAGCCGGCCGUCGCUGGUGGUGGAGAAGGUCUGCAAGACAGUGCGUUUGAUCUGUUUCCUUGUACAGAACGGGGUCUCCAAAAGCAAGGUCAUGCACGACGUGCACUUCAUGAUUAAGCGAGGCAAGAACUUGGGAAAGACUCUGAAUAACGCCGUCGUCCGACACCACGAAGCCCUGACUUGCCGCUCACGUGACGCGCACAUGUCCUUCGUUUCCCCUAUGGAGUACCAGUUCAGCUGCAGCGGCAGUCCGCCUCGCCUUUCGUACGUUGGCAGGCGGAAGGGCGCCUCUUCCCCUUACACGCGCCGCCAGCACUGCCACGCGCUUCAUUAUUCUCGUGAAACGCCGGCUCACAGGAUCGUAGGACUGUGUCGUGGCGACGAGGACACGCUGGUGGGAUCGGGCCUGCGGCGUUAUUCAAUGGGAGGGCGAGUAAAGAUCACAGGACCCGCUUCCAUGUUAAGCGACGACGUCGUGGAGGAAGAAUACCGUGUGGACGAGGCCGCAGAAGAGUUCAUAGAUAGGUUUUACAGAGAGUUGAGGUUGCAGAAAUGGUUGGAUCACUGUUGCUGAUGUGUGAUCUGUGUGCGCCCCUCUGGCAGUUUGUCAUUGGCCAGGCUCUAAGGCAGUAUGCACUUGAUGAUGAACAGUUAUCUCCCCGCUUCUCGCUGUAAAUUCCAAUUUCUUCCAGAGUUACUAUCAGGUUUAUUA